AUAAUUAAGUAUGAAGCAUGAUGGAAACGUACGUGAUGCUUUAGCUGAAACAGAUGAGGAUGAGGAGAUUUAAAAAUAUUUAAUUUUAUUUUAUAUUAAUACAAUAUCUCACUAUUCCAAAUAAUUUAUAUAAUUAUUUAAUAUUUGACACAGUGAAAAAUAUCAUAUCAUUUAAAAAAUAUAUAUAUCAUUUAAACGAGAAGAAGAUGAUUUCAUUUUAAAUUAAUAGUUUAAGUUUAUAAAUUGCGCUGAUUGAUCUCAUUACUCCAAUUGUUUAAUAGAAAUAAAUUUUCAUUUUCAAUAUUUUAUAACUAUUUCAAUUAAACGCCUUUUAAAUAUCUAUUUAUUUAUCAAAAUAUAAUACUAAUACAAUAAACUGUAUUAGUAAUAUUAAUGGAUAUUUUUAUCGUAAAUGUCAAAACAACCUUAGAUUAUGACAGCAAAAAUAAAUUAAGCGACAUAAAUUGCUUAAAUACUAAAUAUUUUUGUAUAUUUUUCCAUCAUAUAUGUUAAUGUCUGAAAAUCAUUAAUGUAUUUAAAAUUUCAAUUUAUUAGCACAUUUCUUUUUAAAAAUAUUUAAAAAAAACCUUCUCCUGUAAAGUUUGUCUUUUGUCGGUUGCGCUAAAAUGGCGGUAAAGGCUCGAUAUUCUUUUAUCAUUCAUAUUUUUCAUUCCAUCAAUUUUGGUUUAAUAGGUAUAAUUAGAAAUUAUGUUUAAAAAUAUUUCUUAUUACGGCUGCAUUGACUCAAAACUUUGUCUUCUUCUUCUUCUUUUUUAAUUUAUGGCGUAUUUGCAUUUACACAAUUCCGCCAAUGUCACGUUUGUUGUCUUUACACGUAUAGAAACAAUAAUAAAAUAUGUAAAUUUUGAAUUUAAAUAAACUAAAAAAAAUAGCUCUGAGCGCGUCUAUCUCAUAACAUUGUUAAAGAUAAUAGAAAUAUAAUGUAUAUAGAAAACAAAGAUAUUUAUAAAUUAAGACCUAUUAUUGAUUGCAAGAAAUUUAGAUAAAAUUUUGAAUGUAUAAUUAGAAAUUAUGUUUAAAAAUAUUUCUUAUUAUGGCUGCAUUGACUCAAAACUUCGUCUUUUUGGUAAACAACAGUCAAAGUCAUAUAGACAGCUAAGGCUGACGUUUAUUAAUGACAUCACAGCGUUUAUUUUAGUAGGUAAGGUUUUAAUACAAACGGUACAAAUGCUACUAAAUUAAAAGGUGCCAAAGUGACCUGCUAAAUAUUUUCUCACUCUUUCUAACAUGCCUGAUUUAUAUCUCCUUGUCUUGUCACACCCAGGUCGUGGUUAACAUGACCAACGUUGGAAGCACUUUUAAAACUGCCGUAUAAUUUCCUUUCUUCUCAUUUUGUAUAUUUGUACGUAGGUCGUUCACUUGUUUCAUUCUAUCUCAUUUCAGUGGAGUUGGCCUAAUUGUGUUUUAGUUUUGUAGGUCUAUUUAUUACAUCCAAAUGUAGUUUUGUAACAUAAUUAAUUUAUUACUCAACAACUAACAUAAAUAAUGCCUGGGAUAAGAAAAUACAGACGUGACACCAGCGAAGUCAGCUGUUGUUUGAAAUACGUUAUUUUUGGUGUUAAUGUUUUGUUCUGGUUUCUCGGCCUCAUUGUAUUGGCUGUGGGCAUUUGGGCAUGGACAGAAAAAGAUACAUUCAAUAACUUAUCGAGAUUGACAAAUAUUGCUUUGGAUCCUGCUUUUAUUUUAAUAUGCGUUGGAACUAUAACAUUCAUAAUUGGUUUUACUGGCUGUGUUGGUGCGUUGCGUGAGAACACAUGUUUGCUGGCAUGUUACGCGGUGUUCCUUGCAUUACUUCUUUUGGCAGAAAUGACCACAGGAAUACUUUUCUUUGUAUUUAAAGAUUGGAUAAAACAGCAAGCUACCAGUGGCUUUCAAACAUUCAUUACACACUAUAGAGAGGACCCUGAUCAACAGAAUUUGAUUGAUUGGAUUCAAGAAGAUUGGUUACAAUGUUGCGGCGUAGAAGGCCCCCGUGAUUGGGAUCGCAAUGCCUAUUUCAACUGCUCGAGCGGUGCCGUCGGUUCCAGAGAAGCGUGCGGGGUGCCAUUCAGCUGUUGUCGAAGUAAACCACAAGAUAUUAUCAGGAAUAAACAGUGCGGAUAUGACGUUAGAAAACCGACAUACAGUUACGAUAUAGCUAAAAUAAUAUAUGACAAAGGCUGCUUAGAAGCCGCCGAAGAGUGGUUUGACCACAACCUGUUGAUUGUAGCUACGUCUGCUGUUUGUACCGCUUUUGCACAAAUCCUGGGCAUCUGCUUCGCCCAAAACUUGCGCGCGGACAUCUUUGCGCAAAAGGCGAAGUGGCACUGACAAUCAGCCUCUCCUGCAGCCGUGUGACGUCACAGACGUCCCACCCACGACCCCUACCGAGCGCUCUACGACAGCGAACUUUGAGAAAAGAAUGCUUCUUAACGAUUUUCGAAUGACUGUCGACCAUAUUUGAGCAAGGCAAAUAAAUUUGAGAGUGCCUUUUACAAUUUUAAUAUAGAAUCUUAUGAUCGACUUUCAUUCGAAUUUGACAUUUUUAUUUCGUAUGGUGCUCUGUGUUUACUUUUGCCGAUGAUCUUUUUUAGAGGGUUCUAAAGAAUCUCAUGGUACGAAGACUGAAUUCUAAGAUAUGCUUCCUUUUUAUCUCAAAAUUUAUUCACCAUUCUAUACCCAAAAAUUAGUUCGUCAAACUUCAGUGCUUGGUAAAAACAUUAAUACAUUUCCCUUUAUACAUUAGUAGGUUUUGUCAAUGAGAAAUGGUAAUAAAGACCUUAACAUAAACUUGAACUAAGACAAAUGUUUGAAUAAAUCACAGGCCUUAAGGUUUAAAAUAAAUAGAAGAAAUCCGAGUUUUGGAUAACCUUAUGUGCUUUUUGACUAAGCAAAUUAUAUUUUUAUAUAUAUAAAAAACAAGCUUAUAUCAAUUAUAUCACGAUCUUUGUCUUCACCAUCGAAUCCCUACAGCUAUCCCUGUUGAUUGAGCCUACUUUGGUU